AAUCGCUUCGGCCUAUCAGAUAUAUAUAUUCCCCCCCCCCAAGUAUAAUAUAAUUGUUUUCUUCGUCUUUGAGAAGUUAUUUCGUCUAAACCCUAGGUUUAGAUUUUCGAGGGUUAGCGUUUUUGAUUGGGAUAAUGUCGGGAGCAGGGGCGGAGGAAGACAAGAAGCCGGCCGAUCAAGGGGCCCACAUCAAUCUGAAGGUUAAGGGUCAGGAUGGGAAUGAGGUUUUUUUCCGCAUCAAACGUAGUACACAGCUGCGGAAGCUCAUGAAUGCCUACUGUGACAGGCAGUCUGUUGAUUUCAACUCCAUUGCCUUCCUUUUUGAUGGUCGCAGGCUGCGAGGAGAGCAGACCCCUGAUGAACUUGAAAUGGAGGAUGGGGAUGAGAUUGAUGCUAUGCUGCACCAAACAGGUGGUGGUCUGGUAUAUUAAGGCGUCAGGGGAGCAGCUGUAUAAAUUUCUUAGUGGUAACAUCUGAGGGCCUGUGUAAAGCUUGGAUGGUAGUUAAUGUGGGGACAUGAAAAAGACAUGUAUUUUUGUUUUAUGAUGUAGUCCUGAGUCGCGUGAUCCUUUUAUUAGUAUAUUGUUCAAAUUGUUCUCCCGUGGUGGUGGUGGUGGUGGUUGUCUUUGUUGAGGUAGGAAAUGAGUUGAUACCUAAAAAGUUGGGCUUGAUGUUCGAUUUUUGUUCUGAUGUCAAAUCUGAUGCUUGAUGUGCUU